AUGUACGUUUCUCAGGCUGCUUCCAAAGAUCUGAACAUGCCGUUUCCGAUGGGGCCUUUCAAGCAGGGGAAAGAUGAAGCCGCUGUCAAUCAUCAUCACCACCACCACCACCAGCAGAUGGCCACCGGCUUGCUAAGGUAUCGCUCAGCCCCGAGCACUUUGCUCGGUGAAAUGUGCGAGGACCUGCUUCCUCAUCGAUCAUCGAGUCCGGAGACGGACUCCAUGCUCGCCAGAUUCAUGUCUCCUGAAAUCCGCGAGCAUAUGGAGGAGAAACCUUCAGCUGCCCCCACGGAGCAAAGAAACUCCCAGUAUAUGGCUGCGAUUGAUCAUGAGGCGCUGGAGGCUUUCAACCAGCCGAGUGGGGGAUUUCCAUCUUCUACUUCUCAGUUGUAUAACGCGCAGCAGCCGCCGCAGAUUCCUCCUAGACACAGCUCCUCGGCGGCCGCCGCCGCGGAGAGUUCCUAUCGGGUGGUGAGCUCCAUGGCGAUGGACGACGAACAGGGAAAGAGCGGCGCGAGCAACUCCAAUCUAAUCCGGCACAGCAGCUCUCCCGCGGGUCUUUUCUCUCACCUGAGCGUUGAAAACGGUAAAUCUCCUCUCCUUCAUUAAACUAGCUUAAAACUCCACGCCCAUCGAUUGUAGGAGUUGAGCACUAUUUCCCAUUGGAAUCCGAUAGCUGUUGCAGUACAGCAGCUGCUGAAUCGUCUCUCCGAUGUCAGUACUCCGUGAUUUGGUCGAAGACUACCUCCUUAUCAGGGAAAGAACCGAUUCGACUGGAGGAAAUUAUUCUUUAAUAUGGGAAAUAAGCUUAUUGUUGCAUUUCCCGUUCACUAAUUCCUGCAUGUGGGACGCUCUCUCUUUGCCAGGUUAUGAUUCGAUGAGGAGCAUGGGUGGAUUCAGACUUGGGAGCGAUUCAACCGGGGAGGCAGCUCUAGCCGGCAGCAGGUUAAAGGGUCAGAUCAGCUUCUCGGCGAGGCCAUCUUCCACAUCGGCUUUGAUGUCACAGAUUUCAGAGAUGGGGCGGGAAAGCUUGGGGGGUAACAGCCCCGACGACGGAGGCCUGCGCCACGGCAAUGGCAGCAGUCGCCACUACAUCCCAGGCUUUCCCGUCACAUCUUGGGAGGAUCCUUCUCUUCUCUCUCAUGGCUUCGCCGGACUAAAGAGACCCAGGGAUUCGUCGGAACCGCAGGUAGCCAGCUUGUACCGCUCUCUUCAUCUGCCCUCAUCGAUGGAUUCUGGUGUUCUUAGAUCUACGUUCUGAGUAUCUGUCCUUGGGCUGCUAGAAUGGGGACGUCAGAAACCCUUUCCCGAGUUUGAGCCACCACUUCAGCUUGCCCAAGACCUCGUCGGAGAUGGCCGCCAUCCUCCAAUUCCAGGACGCCGUCCCCUGCAAGAUCCGAGCUAAAAGAGGUUGCGCCACUCACCCACGGAGCAUCGCGGAGAGGGUAACCAAUCCUCCGACACCCCCGCUGUCUCUGAGUUACCCUUGUUGUUCCGUGCAUCAAUUCCUCGUCAAAAAACUGUUGCAGGUGAGGAGAACGCGGAUAAGCGAGCGAAUGAGGAAGCUCCAAGAGCUCGUCCCCAACAUGGAUAAGGUAGUCAAUAACGUAGAAACAGCGAUCGAGAACACGACCCUAUAGAUUCCCCGACGGCGGCUUCUCUAAUUCACAAUUUGCACUUGGCAGCAAACGAACACGGCCGACAUGCUGGAUCUGGCUGUGGAUUACAUCAAGGAUCUCCAGAAACAGGUCAAGGUAGUCGACUGCAGAACUCAGGCUCCCGUGUGAAGCCUUUAUCGCCGGGCCUUGCCUAACUUUCCUUGUACUUGUCUUCUGCAAUGCAGGGCUUAUCCGAGAGCAGGGCCAACUGCGCCUGCUCCAGCAAGCAGAAACCCUAG